GGAGGAGGAGGAGGAGGAGGAGGAGGAGGAAGGCUGCGCGGCCGAGCAGGCCGGGGGUGCGGGCACCACCCGGGGCCCUGAAGCCGGACAAUGCCCCUUGGCCAUGGCGGCCCCGGCGCCCCUUAGGAUGCCGCUGCCGCUGCCGCCGCCGGCAUUGCUGCUGCUGCUGCUGCUGCUGCUGGCCCCGGCUGCUCCGGCUGCUGCUCCAACCUCGUGCCCAGCCGCUUGUUCCUGCAGCAACCAGGCGAGCCGGGUGAUUUGCACCCGCCGGGAGCUGCUGGAGGUCCCAGCUAGCAUCUCGGUGAACACGCGGUACCUGAACCUGCAGGAGAACCACAUCCAGGUGAUCCGCACCGACACCUUCAAACACCUGCGGCACCUGGAGAUCCUGCAGCUGAGCCGCAACCUGGUGCGCAAGGUAGAGGUGGGCGCCUUCAACGGGCUGCCCAACCUCAACACCUUGGAGCUCUUCGACAACCGCCUGACCACCGUCCCCACCCAAGCCUUUGAGUAUCUCUCCAAGCUGCGGGAGCUGUGGUUGCGCAACAACCCCAUCGAGAGCAUCCCCUCCUACGCCUUCAACCGCGUGCCCUCCCUGCGCCGCCUCGACCUGGGCGAGCUCAAGCGCUUGGAGUACAUCUCCGAAGCUGCCUUUGAGGGCUUGGUCAACCUCCGCUACUUGAACUUGGGGAUGUGCAACCUGAAGGAGAUCCCCAACUUGACGGCCUUGGUGCGGUUGGAAGAGUUGGAGUUGUCGGGGAACCGCCUGGGGCGUGUGCGGCCAGGUUCCUUCCAAGGCUUGGGGAGCUUGAGGAAGCUCUGGUUGAUGCACGCGCGCGUGGCGGCAGUGGAGCGCAAUGCCUUCGAUGAUCUCAAAGCUUUGGAGGAGCUGAAUUUGGCCCACAACGAGCUGGCCUCGCUGCCCCACGACCUCUUCGCCCCCUUGCACCGCCUGGAGCGGGUUCACUUGCACCACAACCCUUGGCGCUGCGACUGCGACGUCUUGUGGUUGAGUUGGUGGUUGAGGGAGACGGUGCCCAGUAACACCAGUUGCUGCGCCCGUUGCCACGCGCCGCCGGCAUUGCGGGGGCGUUACUUGGGGGAGCUGGAACCAGGGCAUUUCACCUGCUAUGCGCCGGUGAUUGUGGAACCCCCGGCCGACCUCAAUGUCACCGAAGGGAUGGCGGCCGAACUCAAGUGCCGUACCGGCACCGCCAUGACGUCGGUCAACUGGUUGACCCCCAACGGGACGUUGAUGACCCACGGUUCCUACCGGGUGAGGAUCUCUGUCCUUCACGACGGUACCCUCAACUUCACCAACGUCACUGUGCAGGACACGGGGCAGUACACCUGUAUGGUCACCAACGCCGCUGGCAACACCACCGCCUCCGCCACGCUCAACGUCUCGGCAGCCGAUGCCGCCGCUGCUGCCGCUGCCGCUGCUGCUGCUACCGGUUACACCUAUUUCACCACCGUCACGGUGGAAACCACCGACGCCGGCGGCGAGGAACCAGCUCCGCAAACCGCCCCGGCGCCCACCGUCGGGUGGGAAAACGCCGGUGGCUCCACAGCGGCUCCAGCCACCCGUGCCACCGGUAAACCCUUCACCGUCCCCAUCACGGCGGCGGCGGCGGGGGCGGGUGGGGGGUUACAGGAUCUGGACGACGUCUUGAAGACCACCAAGAUCAUCAUCGGGUGCUUCGUGGCCAUCACCUUCAUGGCGGCCGUCAUGCUGGUGGCGUUCUACAAGCUCCGCAAGCAACACCAGCGCCACAAGCACCGCGGCGGCCCCGCGCGCGCUGUUGAGAUCGUCAACGUAGAGGACGAGUUGGCCGGGGGGACCGUGGUGGCGGUGGCGGCGGGUAGCGGUGGGGACAACCGGUUGGCGUUGCCGGCGUUGGAGCGGGAUCACCUCGACCGUUACGCCGCCUUCGCUGCCCAUUACAGCAACAGCGGCGCGGCGCUGGGCUGCGGCAAGAACCCGCUGCUCAACUCGGUGCACGAACCCCUGCUCUUCAAGAGCCCCUCCAAGGAGAACGUGCAGGAGACCCAGAUCUGACCCCUCCUCCCACCCCCCCACCCCCCCCGGGGGACCCUCCCCCACCCCCACCCAUUGCUGCACCCCCCACCAUGGAGGGGGGAACGCCCAGCGGUGGCAGCGGGGUGGGGGGGGUGGGGGGUGGGGUGAUUGGGGGGGGAGGGGGGGGGCACGGAGGUGUGCAAGGAAGGACUGGUGUGGUGCACGGGGGCGUGCGACGGACUGGUGCAAUGCACGAGGCAGCGCGAUGCACAGUGACUUGCAGUGAAGGACUGGUGCAAUGCACAGGGCCGUGCAAGGAAGGACUGGUUCAGUGCACGGGGCCGUGCGAGGAAGGACUGGUGCAAUGCACGGGGCCGUGCAAGGAAGGAUUGGUGCAAUGCAUGGGGCCGUGUGAUGCACGGGGUCUUGCACUGAAGGACUGGUUCAAUGCACGGGGCCAUGCAAGGAAGGACUGGUGCAAUGCAUGGGGCCAUGUGACACACAGGGUCUUGCAGUGAAGGACUGGUGCAAUGCACGGGGCCGUGCAACGCACAGGAUCUUGCAAGGGAGUGGUGCAGUGCACAGGGGCAUGCGACACGUGGGGUCAUGUGAUGAAGGACUGGUGCAAUGCACAGGGCGGUGCAAUGCACGGUGACUUGCAGUGAAGGAUUGGUGCAAUGCAUGGGGUCUUGCGAGGAAGGACUGGUACAAUGCACAGGGCAGUGCAAUGCACAGUGCCUUGCAGUGAAGGAGUGGUGCGAUGCACGGGGUCUUGCAAGGAAGGAGUGGUGCAGUGCACAUAGUUGUGCAACGCACGGUGUUGUGCGACGAAGGACUGGUGCAAUGCACGGGGCCGUGCAAUGCAUCGUGACUUGCAGUGAAGGAGUGGUGCAAUGCACAGGGUCAUGCAAUGCACGGUGUUGUGCAGUGAAGGACUGGGGCCGUGCAAUGCACGGUGUUUUGCAACAAAGCACAGCGUUGUGCAAUGCACAGGGUUGUGCAAUGAAGGACUGGUGCGCUGCACAGGGUCGUGCAACGCACGGUGUCUUGCAAUGAAGGACUGGGGCUGUGCAAUGCACGGUGUUUUGCAACAAAGCACAGUGUUGCACGAUGCACAGCGUUGUGCAAUGAAGGAGUGGUGCAAUGCACAGGGUUGUGCAACGCACGGUGUUUUGCAACAAAGCACAGCGCUGUGCAAUGCACAGGGUUGUGCCGUGAAGGGCUGGUGCAGUGCACAGGGUUGUGCAAUGUACAGGGUUGUGCAACGAAAGACUGGGGCUGUGCAACGCACAGUGUUUUGCAACUAGCACAGCGCUGCAUGAUGCACAGCGUUGUGCCGUGAAAGGCUGGUGCAGUGCACAGGGUUGUGCAAUGUAUAGGGUUGUGCAACGAAAGACUGGGGCUGUGCAACGCACAGUGUUUUGCAACUAGCACAGCAUUGCACGAUGCACAGCAUUGUGCGGUGAAGGACUGGUGUGAUGCAUGAGGUUGUGCAAUGCACGGCCUUUUGUGGGGAGGGAUUUGUGCAACACGUAGUGUCUGCAGCAAAGGACUGGUGCGUUGCACGGCAUUGUGUAAUGCACAACCCGUUGCAGCGGAGGACUGGUGUAAUGCAUGGUGUCUUGCAAGGAGGGGGUUGUGCGACACACGGGAUCGUGCAAUGCACAGUGUCGUGCAACAAAGGUUUCAUGCAGUGCAUGGUGUCACGCGAUGAGGGACUUGCGCGAUGCACGGGGUUGUGCGAGGCGCAGCCUCGUGCAAGGAGUGACUUCUGCGUUGUGCAGCCUCGUGCGCUGCACAGCCUCGUGCUGUGGAGCCCUCGUGCAACGCACGUGGCUUGUGCAAUGGUGGCCUUGUGUGAUGUGUGGCCUGGUGCGAUGCACAACCUCAUGCAAUACCAUCCCCCGUGCAAAGCAUAGCCCUGGGAAGCACAGAUCCUUGUGCAACACCCGGCCUCGUGCCACACGUGGCCUUGUGCAACACGCCACCUCGUGCCCCCCCCCUUCAUGAGGAGGACAUGGAAGAGACACAGACGGGAGGGGCCGGGCAACACGUGGCCUCAUGCGACGUCGGCUCCGUGUGACAGUGGCGUCGUGCAACACGGGGCCUUGUGCAAUGGCCACGCAGCUGCACGCACCCCCCCUCCCCCCGCCCCAGAACACCACGAGGAGGACACGCGAGAGACACAGCCACCACGGCCUCAUGCAACAGCCUUGUGCGAUGUGGGGUCUCGUGCAACGGCCUUGUGCAAUGGCUGGCCUUGUGCAAUGGCCUCGUGAUGCGGGGCCUCGUGCAACGGCCUCGUGCAACAUGGGGCCUCAUGCAGUGUCGUCGUGCAAGGGCCUCGUGUGAUGCCUGGCCUCGUGCAAUGGCCUCGUGCAACAGCCUCGUGCAAUGCAGGGGGAAGUGGGGGGGGGGCCUUGUGCGCCACGCUGCCCCCCCCGCUCCCCCUCCCCCCCCAGCCCCGUGCUCUCGCUUGCUUGCGGCCCCCCCCCGCCGCCCCUCCCCCGCCCCUGCCCCUCCCCCCCAGGGCCGGGGGGGGAGAGGGGCUGGGGGGGCCCCGGGGGCUUUUCUAGGCCCGUGGGGGGAUUUUUUAAUUCGCCGCGGCCGACACUUUCCUAUUUUAAUAAAAAUCCAUCACGGUGUUUCCAACCGCCGCCGGCGCCUCUCUGCUGCUGGGGCUUGGCGUGUGCUUGGCGUGUGCUUGGCAUGUGUGUGGCAUCCCCUUGGCGUGUGCGUGGCAUCUCCGUGCUGUGGCACGUGUGUAGCGUGUGCUUGGUGUGUCCUUGGUGUGUGCUUGGCAUGUUCAUGGUGUGUGUGUGGCGUGUGCUUGGCAUGUCCUUGUUAUGUGCUUGGUGUGUGCAUGGUGUGUGUGUGGCAUCCCCUUAGCGUGGGUUUGGCAUCUGUGUGGUGUGCCUGUGGCAUGUAUGUAGUGUGUCUUUGGUGUGUGCUUGGCAUGUACAUGGUGUGUCCUUGGUGUGCGCGAGGCGUGUGUGAGGCUGCGCGGGCGGGGAUGCUGCACAUGCCAAGCCCACACUAAGAACACGCCGAGCCCACGCUAAGGACAUGCCAAGCCCACGCUA